UAAAAAGAGAAGGAAAAACAAGAACCCCAUUGAAAGAAUAAAAAGGACAAUGCCAACAAGAAUGGUUACAUACUUGAGAGAAAGGACAGUAUAUGUUUCUGUUCUUGUUGAGGGGCCUAGGAGAAAGAGGAGCAGUUCAUCAAAUAACAAAUAUCAUAACCAUCAACAUCUUCAUGUUAGACAUGUUGCUAAUGGUGGAGGAUACAAUAGGAAAGCUCAGCUUCUUGAUUACUCAAGAAAUCUUCGAGCUUCGGCGCGAUCACAACCAUCAACACCUUUGGUUCCACAGCCAAUUCAAAGACAGAAUUCUCAGAUUGUUGCAGUGAAAAAUAAGCCAAGAUAUGUAAGUCUUCCAACUUGUAUGGGACACUGGAAAUUUGAAAUGCCAAAAUUCCUCAGAACAUUGAUGCAUCGGAAUAAGAAAUCCAAGAAAAAGAAGAAUAUGGCUUCUAGCACCAAUAAAAUAAAAGCUAUGGUAAAAACUUUUCAGGUUCAAAGAAAGCCUGGCCUAUUUUCCAAAUUUUUUGCUUCACUACGAAAGGGUCGUCGAUGAACAGACUCAUCAACUAAGUCCAAGAAUCAAGGUGUUCAAAGGUCCAUCCAUUAACAAACUGAAGAUUGAUAAUUCCUAUCAAAUCUUACUUUCAUGUCCCCUCUUCAUUUCAUUUUAUUUUUUCUAUCUCCUAUAUAUUGGAGGGAGUGGGAUAUACUUCAAGCUCCCAAGCUUAGAAGAAGUUACCUGAAAGAUUUUCGGCUUAUUUAGGUAAACGGCAUCACAAUCACAAUCACAAUCUUAGUCUGAUUACAAUGUAAGCUAGUGUGGAAUAGUUUAUUUAUUGAAAACA